CCAGGUCAUUCUUAGCUACAGUAUAAGUGUGUGUGAAGAAGAAGGAUAACAACAACAAGUCAAAGGGUUUGGCUACUUCACCAAAAGAGCAAUGACUAACCGAGAAUGGAUUAGGAUUUUUCAAUCAAAGGUCAAUAAUCUGAAGAGGAAUAAGAGAGACCGCUGGCGUAUCGAGUUUGAUGAGUCCAUUAAGGCAGACAAUGUGCAAUUUGGCUGGCAUCAGUACAUCAGUGGGGCAUUUGGAAGGUUCAAGUGCUCCAAGUGUAACAGAAGUUGGUCCUCUGGCCGGGUGAAUGUGGUGUUUCACAUGCAUCUAUCGUCAGGGCAGGGAAUGGUGAAAGUGCGAUGUUUGCGUCAGGAAUGCAGGCAAUGUGACGGCGCUCUUAUGGAGGAGGCCAGUUUCGAUGAGGAGAAACUCGAAGUCCUACUGGAGAAACUGAUGGAGAAGAUUCGUGUCAAGUGCUACCGCGAGAACCUGGGCAAGAGAAACAGACGUGAUUUCGAUGACGAAGACGAUGAAGGUCCCCCCCAUGAGAGUGCCCAUUGCGAAGCCUGCAGUAUGGGCCUUUGCACAAAGCGUUUUAAAGCCCGGUAGAAUAUGGUAGAAAUAGACUGGUAUACGCCCUAAUACACUUUUUAUAAUAUUUCUCUUUGUUUUACUUGUCUAUAUCUAGUGGUCAUUGGGUACACCCUAAUGUCUAAUUGCUAAAGCUAUUUGUUGAUUAAAUAAAUGCAGUGAGACACUGGUGGAACUGGUGGAAGAUAGGUGUGGCUGCACAGGGCACAACGAAAGUGGAAUAAGAGCCUCAGCAACGUGAGAUUAGAGAGGUAGAGAAGGUUCCUCAGCUAUGUGAGGUUAGAGAGGUAGAGAAGGUUCCUCUACUAUGUGAGAUUAAAGAGGUAGAGAAGGUUCAGAGAAGUAGAGAAGGUUCCUCGGCUAUGUGAGGUUAGAGAGGUAGAGAAGGUUCCUCUACUAUGUGAGAUUAGAGAGGUAGAGAAGGUUCCUCUACUAUGUGAGGUUAGAGAAGUAGAGAAGGUUCCUCAGCUAUGUGAGGUUAGAGAGGUAGAGAAGGUUCCUCUACUAUGUGAGAUUAGAGAGGUAGAGAAGGUUCCUCUACUAUGUGAGGUUAGAGAAGUAGAGAAGGUUCCUCAGCUAUGUGAGGUUAGAGAAGUAGAGAAUUUUCCUCAGCUAUGUGGGGUUAGAGAGGUAGAGAAGGUUCCUCAGCUAUGUGGGGUUAGAGAGGUAGAGAAGGUUCCUCUACUUGUGAUUCCUUUGAAGAGGAAAUGGAUUGCCUUUAUUUUGCAGCUGUUCCAGUGUGUGUACAAACAAUGUGUCACGUCCUGACCUUAGUUCCUUUUUUAUGUCUCUAUUUUGGUUUGGUCAGGGCGUGAGUUGAGGGGUGGGCAUUCUAUGUGUUUUUUCUAUGUUUUCUAUUUCUAUGUGUUUGACCUGGUAUGGUUCCCAAUCAGAGGCAGCUGUAAAUCGUUGUCCCUGAUUGAGAACCAUACUUAGGUAGCCUUUUCCCACCUGUGUUUUGUGGGUAAUUAUUUUUUCCCUGUGUGUUUGUGUGCACCUCGUGUUGUGUCACGGUCUUUUUUUUCUUUUUUCUGUUUACCUGUUUGUUUCUUGGUUGUUUCUGUUUCACUUUCAUUAAAAGACGUGGAACUACAUGCACACUGCGCCUUGGUUGAUUUAUGACAGGAAGUUUGACGAUAGCCAGCGUGACACAAAGCUUUAUUACUGUCAUUGAAUUAUUCUGCUGGUACACCAACAAUACUGUUGGGUCUGUGUAUUUCCUGUCUUACUCCACAGUGUGUCUAUUUGUAGUUGUAAUCCAAUCUAAUGAAGGCGAAACAAGUUUUAUUGCACAAGACAUUUGUUGAUGAUGGGGUGUGAUAUUAGGCGUGAACUACUACAAGACACAACAUGUCACUCUUUUGUAUUCUUACGUGGAAGUUUAUUACCCAUAACCAAAAUAAAUACACCACAUAUCCUCUUCCUCUUUCAUGAUGAUGACUUAGCCUUUAUGGUAACGGUGACAGGCCUGCACUGGCCACAACCCCCCCCCCCCCCUUUGUCAAAGACAAUGUAAAUAAAAUGGCUUUAUGAACU